CAACCACUCCAAUGAAUCUCUAAAAAGUCUCAUAAUCUUUCGCUCUGAUCCACUCAUGGCCACAGAAACUCUACUUUCAGAAGAAACUGUAGAUGGGUCUGUCGACUACAGAGGCCGUCGGGUCUCCAGAUUCAACUCCGGCGGCUGGAGAUCAGCCUCUUUCAUUAUAGGGACUGAAGCGGCGGAGAGAUUUGCCUAUCAUGGAGUACUAUCAAAUCUGAUAACAUAUUUAACGGGGCCUCUUGGUGAGUCCACGGCGACGGCUGCUGAGAAUGUGAACUUGUGGUCUGGCACUGCCACGCUUAUUCCUCUUCUAGGAGGGGCUGUAGCUGAUUCUUUUCUUGGGAGAUAUUAUACCAUCCUUCUUGCUUCCCUCAUCUACAUCUUGGGACUAAGCUUGUUGACGCUUUCGGCUUUCUUAACAUCUCUCAGCAAUUUCAAUGGCCAAAAUAAUCUUUCCACAGAAUCAUAUUCUCCCCAAACAGUCAUAUUUUUCAUCUCCCUAUAUCUCGUUGCUGUAGGGCAAGGUGGGCACAAGCCUUGCCUUAUGGCAUUCGGAGCCGAUCAAUUCGAUGGAAAAAACUCAGAAGAAAGCAAAUCCAAAAGCUCUUUCUUCAAUUGGUGGUACUUCAGUUUAUCUAUAGCUAUCAUGUUGUCUCUCGUGGUGGUAGUCUACAUUCAAGACAACAUUAAUUGGAUCCUUGGAUUUGGAGUUCCCUGUGCAGUAAUGGUAGCUUCACUUGUUAUUUUCUUGGUUGGAACUAAGACCUAUAGAUUUACUGUUAAAAGGAAUGAGAAAAAUCCAUUUGGAAGAAUCAGUCGAGUGUUCGUUGCAGCAGCUAAGAAUUGGAAAACUUCUUCUUUAGUGAUGGGUAGUGAAGAUCAUGAAGCUCGAGCUAUCCUCCCUCAACAAAACAAUUCUCAGCAAUUCAAGUUCCUCAACAAAGCUUUAGAUGAAAAAGAUGAUUCGUUGGAAGAUGGGAAAAUGUGCAGCCUGAAUGAUGUUGAAGAUGCCAAGGCAUUAUUAAGGCUUGCACCCAUAUGGGUCACAAGCUUGGGAUAUGCCAUUGUGUUUGCUCAGUCCACCACUUUCUUCACAAAGCAAGGAGCAACCAUGGACAGAACAAUUUUCAAAGGCUUCGUAAUUCCAUCAGCUUCGCUUCAAUUCUUCAUCGGUGUUUCCAUCGUCCUCCUCAUGCCAAUCUACGACCGCAUGUUUGUUCCCAUAGCAAGAGCAAUAACCCAGAAACCCUCCGGAAUCACAAUGCUUCAAAGAAUCGGAACUGGGAUGCUUUUAUCAACCAUUUCCAUGGUAAUUGCAGCAUUAGUCGAAAUGAAAAGGCUUGAAACCGCUAAAGAAUAUGGACUAGUUGAUGAGCCAAAUGCCAUAAUUCCCAUGAGUGUGUGGUGGUUGAUUCCUCAAUAUCUCUUGCUUGGGCUUGCAGAUGUGUUCACCAUAGUUGGUCUUCAAGAGUUUUUCUGUGAUCAAGUGCCCAAAGAUUUGAGGAGUUUUGGUCUCUCUCUUUAUUUCAGCAUAAUUGGAGUAGGGAGCUUUUUAAGCAGCUUUCUUGUGUCGAUAAUAAAUAAAGCUACAGGUGGAGAAGGCAGAGAGAGUUGGUUUGCUAAUAAUCUGAAUCAGGCACAUCUUGAUUACUUUUACUGGUUACUUGCUGGACUUAGUGCAUUAGGUUUAGCUGCCUAUUUGCAUUCUUCUAAGUCUUACAUUUAUAAGAGGGAAGAUAAUGUUAAUUAG